AUGGCGGCCGAGACCAUCGGCAUCGUAGCCGCUUGUGGUCAAUUUGUCGAACAAAGCGUCAAGAUUAUCCGCUUCUCAAAACAGAUCCACGACAAGUUCCAAGAUGCACCCGCCGAAAUUGACGCCUGGCGACAGCAGAUUCAGGGCCUUGAGAAACUUGUCGCUGCUGUCGAGGCUUCGCCUGCUCUCCAAGUGGAGGACUUGAAGCCGACUGUUGAACAGGCCAAGGCGGUUGGUGAGAAGCUGUUGAGGAUAUUUGAGCGGAUUGAUUUUGAGAAGGAUGAUGGUUUUGGGCAUAAAUCUUGGAGAGUUGUAGGCGGGUUUUUGAAGGAGGAUGAGAUCAGUAAUCUUUUCAAGGAGAUUGAGCGAUUGAAGGCGCUUCUUGGGGACCAGAUAGCCGUCAUCAACAUAAACCAGGGCCAUGACAAGUUCGCCCGGGUCGAGUCCCUCAUACAGGACCUCAGCCGGUCCUUUCGCCCCGGCACAGACGAAGACCAGUGUCUUCAGGACCUGUUCAUCACGGAUCCGUUGAGUGAUAGAGACGGCAUCAUCACAGCCAAAGGACGCCGGACUCCAGGUACAUGCGAAUGGAUCCCCAUGACGGAAGAGUAUCGAUCCUGGAGUACGGAUCAAUCUGGUCUCCUGUGGAUAUCUGGCCCUCCAGGCAAGGGCAAAACGUUCAUCUCCAUCUUUCUCACACAGCUCCUCCAGUCAUCGAAGCCUGAUGCUACCGUUAUCUGGUUCUUUUGUGACAACAAGGUCGCGUCUCGAAAUACGGCCGUCAAUAUUCUCCGCGGGCUCAUCAUCCAGCUGAUCUUUAAGCACAACCAGCUCAUCUCUCGCAUUACGCCUACGUGGAAGAUCCAAGGGGCCAACUUGUUCCAGGACAAUUCUUUCGAGACCCUCUGGCGGAUCUUUGAAGACAUGCUGGAGGCUCUGAGAGAUCAUGAAGUUUGUUGUGUCCUCGAUGCUCUUGACGAAUGUGAUGAACCGUCGCUAUCAUCACUCUUAUUCAAGGUCCAAAGCUUGUUCGAACCAGAAGAAAAAUCCGCUCAGAUUCACAGCUUGAAAGUCAUCGUUACGAGUAGAGAGCAGCCUGAAUGCUUGCCUGCCACACUCUCUGCAUUCCCCCAUAUCACUCUUGGUCUACUUGAAGACGACAUCCAACUAUACAUCUCAGACCAAAUCUCCCACCUAGCCAGGAUGAAAGGAAUCGAAGGCUUGCCUCUUUACCAAUACAUCGAAUAUACCUUUCGAAGACGCGCAGGAGGCACCUUUCUCUGGGUCAGUUUCAUGGUGCGCGAUCUGGAGCACAAAACCGUGAAGGAGAUUGAACAUGCUCUUACGCAACUCCCCCGUGAUCUUCCCGAGGUAUACGAACGGAUCCUGUCAAAGAUCCAUCCGGAGAGCAAGACGACAGUAGCCAACAUGUUGACUUGGCUGCUGUUUGCGUCACGUCCGUUGACAGUUGUCGAACUUUGUGAGGCGAUACAGAUAGAGCCUACUUCGUAUCUAACCAAGGAACAAGUCUGUCUGGAUUAUAUCCAGUCCUGUGGACAUCUACUUCAGGUGUCGACUGGAAGGCCACCGAAUGGCGUGGACUAUCGAGUCAACCGGCUUCCACCUCUUAUCCCGGUGAACACACGGAUGACAGAACUAAACUCGGAAGAAUCAGGCACUUCUCUAUACGUUAGCUUUGUGCACCAGAGCGCCAAGGACUUUCUCAGGAGCCAUUCCUCUGGACUUGCAGCCCUGAACGGUCCCAUGGACCCGAAGAAGACACACGCCCAAAUCACUAAUCGCUUGGUAUCUCUCCUCGCGAUGGACCGUUCGUUCAGCCCACUGUUCGACGCCGUAAAGGACUUGCCUCUUUUACCCUACGCGGUUUUCAACUGGAACUAUCACAUGCGAGAGAUGGGUGCCGACUUUGUGUCUGUCCUGGAUGAGCACAAAGACUUCUUUCGUAAGUCUUCAGAGGCGAGAGAUAGGUGGUGGGCUUGGUAUCAUCUUGAGUAUCCUGGCAAGGAGCCACCCACAGAUGUCCCUCUACUUCACAUGGCUUGCAUCACUGGCCUUUAUCACCUACUCGAGUAUGCUCUUCUGAAAAGGAACACACUGCUGGGGCUGCUUCGAGCAAGAGAGGUGAACCGAGUAUGGGGUCACGACCAAGAAACACCACUCCACCUCAUGGUGAAGCAAGGACAGGAUAAAAUGGUUCACCUGCUGCUGAAAUAUGGAGCAGAUGUGUCUAUCAAGAAUGUCCGCGGCAAGACGGCUCUUGAUAGCGCUGCGUUCCUUGGACCGUACGCCGUGUUUCUUCUUCUGGCAGCGUCGAGAACAAGUCGAGAAAUCCUCGAGACAGAUGCCAAAUCCUCGAUUUCUCACCGUGGUCGGGAAACCCUUCUCCAUACAGCUGCCAGAGGAGGGCAUCAAGACAUUUGUCGAGAACUGGUAGAAAAGUGGCACUAUGACGUCGAGACCAAGGACAAGGAUGGCUUCACGCCGUUGCUGGUGGCCGUUCGAUGCCAGCAUCUGAGUCUGGCCAGUUUUCUCGUUAAGAACCUUGGAGCCAAGACGACGCCGCGCAUCAAGAUCCUCGAAUCUGCUUUCUACCUGCGAGAGAGGUCUAGGAUCAACCAAGCUUUGGACUCUCUUUCUUUGAACCUGGGCGUCGACAUUAAUGCAGCAGACGAAGAUGGGAACACUCUUUUCCACCGAUCUUAUUCGCCUGCGUUCAUCAUGCUCGAGCAAUGCAUCACUGCUGGAUUGGACUUCAGCAAACGUAAUGAAGAAGGAGAGACGGUCCUUCAUCGCAACUUUUGGCUAUCAGCGACUCACGAGCGCUUGCAUCUGGUGUUAAAGGAGUCACACCUCGGUAUCAAUGCCCGAGAUAGCCACGGCCGCACACCGCUCCAUGCCUUGGUCACUGCCGCUGCACAUCCCGACCAAGCCCCCUGGAGUUUGGAUCUCAGAAAUUUGGUUGCGCUGCUUGACUUUGGCGCCGAUCGAAGCCUGAUGGAUGCCCACGGGAGAACGCCAUCUGAGCUUGGUGCCGAGUACCUCAAACAAGGGCUGGAUGAGAUCUACAUAGAGGAGGGGAUUGGCUCCUCUGAUGAGAUUGACGAAAUGCCGUGCACCAUGUCGAUGAUUCUCGGGAUAUUAUCGAGGUAUGCGACUGCUCCUCUGAAUGUGCGGGUGGCAGAUCAUUUAAGCAAGGAAAUGGGAAAUGGUGAUCAACCAAAUGUGACGUGA